AUAUAAUAUAUCGAUUGAUCGUUAGUUCUCUCCUAUCCAUGAUAGAGGUCGUUUCAUUUGUAAUAAAAGUUGAUUCAAGAUAUUGUUUUAAAUUAAAAAAUGUUGUUAUCAAGUAGUACGGCAAUUUUAAAAAAUAUACGUUAUUUAAAUGCAAAGAAACAGAGUACAAUAAAUUUAAAUCAAGUUCGUACAUGUUUUUGUUAUCGCUCAACACCAAAACCUCAAACAUCAUGGAUAAUAAUAUCUGAACUUUUGGGUGGAAUAAUGUGGUGGUGGAUUUUUUGGAAUUUUUGGUAUGAUUACAAGCAUAUUAUUGGUCAUUUUCCUGAACUAUGUCCAGCAGAUUGGACAGAUGAAGAAUUAGGAGUUCCACCAGAUGAUGUUUAAAUAGAUUUUCUUCUGUA